UCAGUUUUCAAUAAGAAGUUUGCUAGCCGUUUAAUUACAACCGGUUUAUCUUAAUGCACAAAAUGGAGGACUACAUCAAGCCUUACCACAAUUCACACAACUCGCCCACAACAGGACCAACACGCUUAUGAAAUGUGCCUGAAACCUAAAAUAUUAAGCGUAUUUCUACUCUUAUUUCUAAUUCUACUUAUAAACAGAGGUAAGAAACUAUUUACUGUUUAGGGUUUAAUACAUUAAGUAAUUAGUUAAUGAGUAAUCAUUAUGUAACUAGUGUAGGACACUCACUCAUUCAGCACAAGGUUAAUGAUUUACGUCUUCAGACAUUCUUCUAUUCGCUAGUAUUUUUGUUUCUUCAUCAAAAGUUUUGUUAAUGUUUAUUUGAAACGUGAUAACAAAACCCCUGCACCUCAGUGUUUAACCCUCAGUUAUGCCCUUGGUGAGCCGACUCCUACAUACUUCUGCAACAACGUGGACUGUUUAAACCUGUUAAUGAGUGACUUUCAGUCUUUGGGUUAAUGAGAAAAUAAAGCAGUUGUGAUUUGCUGACAUGUUAGCAAGGCAUAGCUGAAUAAAUGCUUUUAAAUGAAAAAACUUUACGGUGCUUUUCCACCUAGAACAGACCGCUUAGUGGUUUGGUUUAGCCCAGAGAUGGGAUCAAAAAACAAUUGUGACACAUCCAGGGUUGAAAACUUAGCAGUUCAACUUUGAUUUGUUUUCUCUGUGGUACUACAGCUCUGUUUUUUGGUUUAGUUCAGCAAGGGAGGAGGGUGGGAAACGCAGCAACCAGAAAUGUGCGAGAUGUUUGAUUUGCUUCCUCCGCUCCAUCAGGUCACACUCGGAUGCCGUGAGUGUUGGAUCACUGUGUUCUGAUCUACUUAUAAGAUCUGUGUCAAGCAGAAAACACACCAGGGUUUGAUUCAUGUGUGGAAGCAGCUUAGGGAUUUGUGUGCUACUUUGGCAAAAAUGUUUGUUUAAUGUAAAUGAAUUCCUGAAUUUCAUGGGAAUUCAUACGAAUGAAGUUUCCCCUGAGUGUGUUUUUUCUGACUCUUUUUAUAUGAGGACAGCUUACGGCACUCUUUAACUUCCUGAAAAAAACAGCAGUUUUCCUCCACUAUAGAUUCAGUUUUAGUGUAAUCCCUUCUCUAACACAAGCCUUGACUCAUCAAGAGCUCCUCAACAACCUUUUCAGGAAGGUGAGGAGGAAACGUGAGUGUUUUGCACAGGAACAGGGGACCAAAGGAGCAGCAGGAUUAUGAAACUGUUGUAGAGCACAUCUUUGAUCUGCCAGACGGAGAGCUGCAUGUCGUCUCGCUCGGGGGGGGAACCCCAGAAACACUGCAUCCGCUUUCCCUUACGCCACUGCACGGAAAAUGUAGCUGGAGAACAACAUGUUUAGUUGUGCAGUUCGUGAAAAGCGAUCCUUUGUUAUCGUCAUAGUGAAGGAAUCCUAUAGUGAUAGUGAUCGUUAUAGUGAAGGAAGCUCGUGAAGGAGGCUCAGGCGGUGUACUACAUUUGCUUUGAGGAUGCGGCUUUUCUAAAUCGCUUCCAUGUGGAUGAGGGCGGUCUGUCUUGGUGCUUGGUUUGAAGAUAGGAGCUCUUGUUUAAGGUUUGUUCAUCAUGCUGUUCACGUCGUCUUUGAAAGGCAGAUGUAUAAUGUAGUAAUAGUUAAUUGUGUGAUUAAGGGUUUGAUUAUCAUGUGGCUUCAUCGCUCCCUUCCUCUCUGACUCUGAGCGAGUCCUGAGGCAGUCACGGAAACGUUUUCAGUUCAGCAUUGAAAUGUUUUCUUUUUUUCAUUUGGAUCUGAGUGAUGUUGAAUGAACUGCUUACAAAGUGUGUUUUCAUAGCCACAGCUGCUCCUGUGUGUACUCAGAGCAUUUUUGAACAGGACCAUCCCCCUUCACCCGCUUGAAGGGGGGGGGAAGACCGAUUUAUUAACUUUGGCACGACUUCACAGCGCUACGGUUUCCCUCCGCCUAUUAAGAAUCUUUCUGUCUGGUUUGGUGUAGGCAGACGUCUGAAGUGCCGUACUGUACCUCCCCGGCAGCCAAACACACAGUGGAAUGUCCGACGCUGACUGCAGGAUGUUUUCAUAAAUGUGGGUUCCUGUAAUUACCUGUGUAAAAGGGGCUCUUUUUCUGCGUAAGAGCUUCAGAUGAGCUGCACGAAUUUUUAAAAAAAAAAUUUUUUUAAGCGUGAGUGAGGGUGUGAAUUGCUGUAUUUUAAGCUCCUCUCAAAUGUUAACAUGACUAAUAUGCAUGAAAAACCUGAUGGUGUGUAUAUAAAAAUGCAAAGACCUAAUGUGAAGCAUUUUUUCCUUAAUUCCUCAAGACCAAACCAACACUGAAGGCUUUUUGCUUUGACCAAGGUCUAUGUUGGGAUUUUAUUAUUUUUUUUUAAUGCAGAUUAUGAUCUGGAUUUGGGCUUUGAAAUUGUUGGGGUGGAAAAAGGUAAAUAAACAUUCUACAGAUGCUUGUUUUUCAUUUCAAUAGCUCUAGUGCUCAACAGAGACCAUUCUCACACCAAGUCUGUUGUGUCUUGACAAAACGUAACUACAGCAGGUCUUCGGCCAACGUUUCAGCUAUUAGCCACAGCUUUCUCUUAGAUGUGGUUAUUUGAGUCUGGCUUGUGUCCUGAUUUUCACUCAGCUGUGUUUUAAAUGCAAGCUGAUUUGCUCUAAACUGCACAACUUUCAAAGUCCUGUACUCUCAUGCUUUUUUCUUUUUUUUUUUUUCCUCUCCCCAAACUUUUUACUGUGUGCUCGUUUUUCAAAACUUUGGGGCUCUAGAAAAAGACUCUUAACAAGUCAGAAAAAUUCUUGUCUAAAAUUUGGUAUGUUUGAUUAAUUUGGGACUUUUUGAAGUCGAUUAGUUAUGAGAUUAUGCCUUGGAGUGAAAACGGAAGACAGUUGAAGCCAAAUUUAAUAUUAAGAUAAUUUAAGUGCAAUGCACAUAAUGACCACAGCAAGUUUCUAGCAGGUUGAAUUUUUGAAGAAGCUGGAUGCAGCCAUAUGAUCAUACUCUGUUUACAACAUGGUGUCCAAGCAGUCGACGAGGCACUGGAGUCAAGAAGAAACGCUCUUAUUAUAGCUCUUAUUUCAGAUUGGGGCAAACAAAGUUCAUAGAGGCAAUUUGGGAACACAAAAUGGGAGAAGCAUCCAUUUUUAAGUUUUGAGACUUGAAGUGUUUAUCGUCUUGUGGAGGGGAACUAACACGCACACGACAAAAUAGCAGCAGUCAAACACAUUUUUUUGGGGGGGCGGGUUGUCCUCUAUGAUGCACGAUCGAAGCCGCAUGGAAAAAUCUCGGUCGAAGAAAAAAAAAAAUGGGUAAUUAAUUCUGCCUGUAAUUUUCUCAUUUGGGGAUUGAGCAGGGGGAGCUAAUCAAUCCAUGUUGAAAUCUCACAGAGUAACCUGUAAAAUACAAACUUACUCCAUAACCCCAUUCGAAUAAAGCUUACGAGUCAGAUUUGAUGAUGGUUUUGCCAGACCUGUCUGAACAUAGUCUCAUGUUGUCAUGAUUGAGCUUUGCUGCCAUUUGCACGUACGUGAAAACUCAUUAUUAAAUGUUACGCGGUGUACCGAGCGAUACAGGGCACACGACAGUGACUUUGUGUUUUUCUAGCAGGUCGUGUGUGUUUUCAUCCUGUUGUGGUUGCUUUGGUAAUACCAUGGGGGAAAAAAAAAAACCGCAAUACUGAAAAGGAUUUGCAUGUUAGUCACAGUUUAAUUAAUCUCUUAUCUCUACCUUGGUAGCUCAAGGGGAAUUCAAGAUAGUGGUGAAUUCAAGUAGAUUUUGGACUUAGUCCUGUUUAUUUUUAAUGAAAAGGACUAAAAUCAUCCUCUAACCAAAGCUUUCGCUCACUCUUCAGCCCGAGUCACAGCUCAGGAAGCCAUACCUAAAAGUGGUUUCCGUUGUCCUGGAUUAGUCCACAUCCUCUCUCGUUCUGCAGAAACACUAAGACAGAUUUGGAAGUAGUUCGGACUGACAGCUCGGCAUCACGAUGGCUACCCAGUCUGAUCUGAUGGAGCUGGACAUGGCGAUGGAGCAGGACCGGAAGGCUGCGGUGAGCCACUGGCAGCAGCAGUCUUACCUUGACUCUGGUAUCCACUCUGGAGCCACCACCACAGCACCGUCCCUAUCUGGCAAGGGGAACCCAGAGGACGAGGAGCUGGACAACCAGGUGCUCUAUGAGUGGGAGCAGGGAUUCAGUCAGCCCUUUACACCGGAGCAGGUGGCAGACAUAGAUGGUCAGUAUGCCAUGACCCGUGCCCAGCGUGUGCGUGCUGCUAUGUUCCCUGAGACCCUUGACGAGGGCAUGCCGAUCCCCACCACCCAGUUUGACUCCGCUAACCCCACCAAUGUGCAGCGGCUGGCUGAGCCAUCCCAGAUGCUCAAACAUGCCGUGGUGAACCUCAUCAACUACCAGGAUGACGCUGAACUUGCCACCAGGGCUAUUCCAGAGCUCACCAAGCUCCUCAAUGAUGAAGACCAGGUGGUGGUGAACAAGGCGUCCGUCAUGGUGCAUCAGCUGUCGAAGAAGGAAGCAUCGCGGCACGCCAUCAUGCGCUCCCCUCAGAUGGUGUCCGCCAUCGUGAGGACCAUGCAGAACACGGCUGAUGUGGAGACGGCACGCUGCACUGCUGGCACACUGCACAACCUCUCCCACCACCGGGAGGGCCUCCUCGCCAUUUUCAAAUCCGGCGGCAUCCCUGCUCUCGUCAAGAUGCUCGGAUCUCCAGUCGACAGUGUGCUUUUCUACGCAAUCACCACCCUGCACAACCUCCUCCUGCACCAGGAAGGUGCUAAAAUGGCCGUCCGCCUGGCUGGUGGCCUGCAGAAGAUGGUUGCCCUGCUGAACAAGACCAAUGUUAAAUUCCUGGCCAUCACCACAGACUGUCUACAGAUCCUGGCCUACGGCAACCAGGAGAGCAAGUUGAUCAUCUUGGCUAGCGGCGGCCCUCAGGCUCUGGUCAACAUCAUGAGGACCUACACAUACGAGAAGCUACUGUGGACCACCAGCCGUGUUCUCAAAGUGCUGUCCGUUUGCUCCAGUAACAAACCUGCCAUUGUGGAGGCUGGAGGCAUGCAGGCUCUUGGCCUUCACCUGACCGACCCCAGUCAGCGACUGGUACAGAACUGCCUCUGGACCCUCAGAAACCUUUCAGACGCUGCCACCAAGCAGGAGGGUAUGGAAGGCCUGCUGGGCACCCUGGUCCAGCUGCUUGGCUCAGAUGACAUCAACGUGGUGACCUGCGCUGCUGGCAUCCUGUCCAACCUUACGUGCAACAACUACAAGAACAAAAUGAUGGUGUGCCAGGUCGGUGGCAUCGAGUCGCUCGUGCGCACCGUGCUCCGAGCCGGAGACCGUGAGGACAUCACCGAGCCGGCCGUGUGCGCCCUCCGCCAUCUCACUUCCAGACACCAGGAUGCUGAAAUGGCCCAGAAUGCUGUGCGCCUGCACUACGGCCUUCCUGUUGUGGUCAAACUGCUGCACCCACCCUCACACUGGCCUCUUAUUAAGGCCACAGUUGGUCUGAUCCGUAACCUGGCGCUAUGUCCAGCCAAUCAUGCCCCGCUGCGUGAGCAGGGUGCCAUACCCCGAUUAGUCCAGCUGCUCGUGAGGGCACACCAGGACACCCAGAGACGCACAUCCAUGGGAGGCACACAGCAACAGUUUGUGGAGGGAGUUCGAAUGGAGGAGAUCGUAGAGGGCUGCACUGGCGCGCUCCACAUCUUGGCCAGAGAUGUGCACAACAGAAUUGUUAUCCGAGGACUCAACACCAUCCCUCUGUUUGUUCAGUUGCUGUACUCUCCGAUCGAAAACAUCCAGCGUGUGGCGGCCGGCGUGCUGUGUGAACUGGCGCAGGACAAGGAAGCGGCCGAGGCUAUCGAAGCCGAGGGAGCCACUGCGCCCCUCACUGAACUGCUGCACUCCAGGAACGAGGGAGUGGCUACAUAUGCGGCAGCUGUGCUGUUCCGCAUGUCUGAGGAUAAACCUCAGGACUACAAGAAGCGUCUAUCCGUUGAGCUGACCAGCUCUCUCUUCAGAACAGAGCCCAUGGCCUGGAAUGAGACUGCUGAUAUGGGUCUGGAUAUAGGAGCUCAGGGAGAGCCUGUUGGAUACAGACCAGAUGACCCCAGCUACCGCUCUUUCCACUCGGGCUAUGGUCAGGACGGGCUGGGCAUGGAUGGCAUACUGGAACAUGAGCUGGCUGGCCACCAUCCUGGAGCAGAGUACCCAGUGGAGGGGCUUCCUGACCUCGGCCACAGCCACGACCUGAUGGACGGCCUUCCUCCCACAGACUCCAAUCAGCUGGCCUGGUUCGACACGGACCUCUAAACACAUUCUCUCACACAUACAGUCUGCAAGUAGAGAAGCUGUAUUGCGUGAAUGAAUCUGCAUUGUGAUAUUUGCCUAAGGAGUCAUGGAAGGGUUGCGGUGGGUGGGCGAGCAUAUCGGAAAGUGCCUGACACAAUGCGCACACACACACACACACACACACACACGCGCACACACACGCACACGCGCACACACACGCACACACACCUACACCUGUUGGAGAUGAGAGGGAGUUUUCUACGAGGAACAAGAGGAAGGGAAGCCAAUCUCCCCACCCCUUUUUUGUUAUUGUUAUUAUUCUGGACUUUUUUUUUUUUUUUUUUUUUUGGCCCUGAUGGAGGAAGGAAAGUCAAGAGGGAUUUUGGGAGCGGUUGCUUUUUAAGACUGGAGAAGGAAGGUCUAAAGAUGGAACUGUAAACCUUUUUAACUUUUUAUUUUAUUUUUUAAAAAAAAAAAAAAAAGAUGAUCAGUCUAUGGUACUGACCCUCCUAGCUUGGUUUUGACCUCUAGUAUGUAUUCAUUCCCCCCCACAUUUUUUUUUACACUUUGUUUCAGCAGUAAUUUGUAUUUCCUUUUUAUGUCUUCUGUAGUUUUGAGUUAUAGUGGACUUGCCUCAUUUUGGUUUCUCAAAUCUUUCUCACGUAAAUGGUGUCGAACACUAAUAAUCGGUUUCCAUGUAAUCUGACUGAAAAGUGUAACGAUGUGUAGCUUUUUUUUUUAUUUUUUUUUUAUACGAUCAGCUGUUAAACCUUGGAGUAUUGGGGUGGGAGAAAUAUAUGCAUUCUUAUUAAAGACAAAAAAAAAAAAAAGUAUGCCAACAGAGGCGCUUUUCAGUGUCUCAGUUCCAAAUAAGGUGUGGGGUGAAAUAUGGAGAGUUUAGGGGAGGAGAGGGGGGACACGGGCUUGACAAAGAUCUUGGGUUUUUUUUUUUUUAUUAUUUUUUUUUUUUUAAUAAAUGCUAUCUCGAGGUAGUCUCUAUUGAAGCGACGUCAUUGUUUUUGUUUGCCUGUGCAGCUUCUUUUGGGAACAUGGAUAAUGCCAUAGCUAAACAAUAAAAGACUUUUAUUCCACUCUGUAUCCCAGGACUUUAUUUUUUAUUUUUAUGCCUCCAAGAUUGGAUUUCACUACCAUGAGGUGCUGAUUUGUAUGGCAUUGUUGGUUUUCUCAAUUUUGAUCAGUCAAAUUUUGUAGUUUUUCCUUCCCCCUCCACAGGAGAAAUGAGGAUUCUCAUUAUCAAUAAUUAGCGUUAUUGGCCUCCUGUGAAGGUUUUAUAUAAAUUAAUAAUACGAAUCACUGCAGGACAUGUUAUUUUGAGCAGAAAUACACAGGGGUAUUGUACACAAAGUGCCAGUUUCAAAAGUAUCAAGUAAUAUUUACUUAUACCCUUAAGUAAUAUCUUGUGAUUCCAGACCUGAAAGAAAAUACCAUUGUGAAUGAUGGAUAAUGUUUCAUGCUUUGGGUUUUUUUUGUAACAUGAGCUGCAUUCUUUUGAGAGCAUACCUGUAAACAGAUAAAGUAAGACAUUUCUUUAAUAAAUGGAAAUUGUAUUCCUUGCCCAA